AUGGCACCCAACGCACAGCAGAUCGCGAAAGAGUCUCAUGUCAACCAUCUGUUGGCCCACGAUAAGACACCAUGGUACAACAAGCCCAAUCUCCGCUUGCUGUACAUCAUGCUCCUCCCGGCCUGCCUUGGUGUGGAAAUGACCUCCGGUUAUGACGGCUCUGUUCUCAACGGCCUUCAAUCCGUCCAACCUUGGCUCAACUACUUUCAUAACCCGAACGGCGCUCUGCUCGGUAUCAUGAGCGCGGCGUUCUCAAUCGGCGGUGUCUUCGCAUUCCCAUUUGUUCCGUUCUGCAACGAUCGCUGGGGAAGGAAGAGCUCGGUUAUCAUCGGUAGCGCUAUCAUCGCGGUCGGCGUCGUGAUCCAGACGGCAUCCAUCAACAUCGGCAUGUUCAUCGCUUCACGUCUUAUUCUCGGUCUUGGUAUACCGUUCGCCAUUGGUGGCGCUUCUCAGCUGAUUGCUGAGUUAACGUACCCGAAGGAGCGUGCCGUUCUCACCGGACUGUUCAACAUCAGCUACUAUGCCGGUGCAACAUUAGCUGCUGGUGUCACUCUUGGCACCUUCUUCUGGACGAACGACUGGUCGUGGCGGCUUCCGUCCCUCCUCCAAAUCGCCCCGUCCUGCCUCCAACUCAUCUUCAUUUGGUUCAUUCCCGAGUCUCCCCGUUUCCUCAUUGCCAAGGGCAAGGGCGAACAGGCAUUCGACAUUCUCGUGAAGUACCAUGCUGAAGGCAACCGUGACGAUGCUUUCGUCAAGGCUGAAUAUGCCGAAAUCGAGCAAACGAUCAGGUUGGAGCUUGAGGCCAACAAACGCGGAUGGCUUGAUCUUUUGAGGACUCCCGGCAACCGCAAGCGGUCGUUCAUUGCCGCCUGCGUUGGUCUCUUCUCUCAGUGGUCUGGCAAUGGUAUUGUCUCCUACUACCUCGCUAAGGUUCUGAACUCUGUCGGCAUCACGGACAAGAAGACGCAGAACAUCCUUAACCUGGGCCUGAUGAUCUGGAAUCUCAUCACUGGUAUAAACGGAUCUAUCUGGUGCCGCGUCCUCAACCGUCGUACCCAGUACCUCUUCUCCUAUACUGGCAUGCUCGUAGUCUUCAUCUGCUGGACGAUCGCUUCUGCAAACUUCGCACAGACAGGCAACCUGCAAGCUGGUGGCGCUGUGGUUGGCAUGAUUUUCCUCUACUAUCCCAUGUACAACACCAUGAUGCCCCUCACGUACAAUUACGUUGUCGAGAUCUUCCCCUAUAGUACCCGUGCCAAGGGUAUUGCCAUUACCCAACUCCUCACCCGUGCCGGCUCGGGCUUCAAUCAGUUCGUCAACCCCAUCGGUCUCCAGAACAUCACCUGGAAGUUCUACGUUUUCUACGACUGCUGGCUGUUUGUCGAGACCUCCGUCAUCUACUUCUUCUACCCCGAGACACGGGGACCGACGCUCGAAGAGCUUGCCGUUAUCUUCGACGGACCCAAUGCUUACCUCGGCGGCCAGGAUGUUGGUGCAGCCCUUGACGACGAGUACGACAAGGAGCACUCAUCUGUUGAGGAGCUCGAAAAACCGAGCGCGGCGUAUGUUGAAAACAGGGUAUAG